AUGGAGAAACCUCCAACCCUGGACCUUUACGACGGGACCACAGACCCCGACGAUCAUAUUCGGAGCAUCGAGGCCGUCAUGGACUACCACGUGGUCCGAGGGUCCAUCAAAUGUCGGAUCUUUCCGACCACCCUCAAAAAGGGAGCAAUGACCUGGUACAGAAAUCUUCCUCCCAACUCCAUCCACUCUUGGGCAGAACUCAAGAAGCUCUUCUCCAACCACUUCACGGCCUCUCGCCGACAACCAAAAUCUGAAGCGACACUCGAAGCUGUCAUCCAGGGUACCGACGAACCUCUCCGAGAGUAUCUCGAUAGGUUCAACAAAGAAGCCGUCCAAGUCCAGACGACUGACCAUAUGAAAAGGUAUCUCCUCGAACAAGGACUCCUCCCGGGGAGCGACUUCAAGAAGGCGAUCAAAAUUGAGUAA